AUGGCGUGAGUGAGAGCGAGCUGAGGGAACAGUUGUUGAAGUUGUACUGGUUUUGCUUUAGUUAGCCACCGAUUGUUUUGUUACAAUGCAACUGUUAAUGAACAAAACUUCAGUGUUUUGGAUAUUUUAGAAUCCGAUGCUUUUGGCGAUGGGGUCACUGAAGCUCAACGUUGGACAAGAGAAUUCAGCGACAGCGGCCACAGUGGAAGAGGCUCUGGUGUGCCAGGGAGUGAAUAACCAGAGCUACAUCUGUGAGUCGGGGCACUGCUGCGGAGAGACUCAGUGCUGCAGCUACUACUAUGAACUGUGGUGGUUCUGGUUGGUGUGGACUCUGAUCGUCAUCCUCACAUGCUGCUGUGUUUGUCAGCACUGGCGCUCCAAGCAGCGCUUCCAGCAGCAGCGGCGGCAGAACGAGAUCAACCUCAUCGCCUACAGAGAGGCUCACAACAACUCCCAAUUGCCCCUCUAUCUCAGAUUCCUGCCCACCUACCUGCUGCCGGCCUAUGAGGAGGUAGUGGACCGGCCUGUCACCCCCCCUCCUCCCUACACACCCCUGCAGUCAGCUCCCCCGCCCACAGACCCUGCUGAGGACUCUCCUUGUCCCAACCUCAGCGUCUCUGUUGGCAGUGAUGCUGAUACAACGCUGCCUCCAGAGGUCCCACUCAGCCCCCUCCACAGCGCCUCUCCCCCCAACAAGGACUCGACCCCGGGCAGGUACCGGCGCUUCACAGGGGAUUCUGGGAUUGAAGUGUGCGAUGGCCAGGAACUGUGGGAUCAGCACAGCUUUAUAGAAAGAGAAGUAACGGAGGAAGAGGGGGUGGGGAAGAUGGAGGAGCCAUGUGAUGGAUUUGAACAUGUCAGCGGUGCGGUGCUUCACAGACACACAGAGGUGGAAACAGAGCCACAGCCUCACAGCUAAUGCUAGAUAAAGACUCACAGCAGCAGACACUGAGCAGGUGUGUGGGACAGGCCUGGAGACAAAUGAAAGGCAAUGAUACACAAUUUGCCCUAUUAUACCAUUUAAAGCUUGACCAACUGAAGCUUUGCAGAUUCUGAUACUUUACUUUUUUUAAACAAUAAACUAUGUAAUACAUAUUUUUACAUUUACAUGAAAA